AUGAACUGCGACACCACCGAUGCCAUUUUGCUUUGGGUUCCUUCCUUGGAGGGAGCAGGGGCUCGCCCGGAGGCUCAGCCCGGCCCUCCUCGCCCCUCGCUCGCUGUCUGCGCUGUCCCGCCGGGCUCCGCCGCUUCCCGGAUUGCAGAAGAUAGCAAUUUUUCUCCAAAAGCCAGCACCAGUAAGCUGCCGACAGAUGCGUCUCCCGACUCCAAGUGCCCCAUCUGCCUGGACAGAUUUGACAACGUGGCAUAUCUGGAUCGCUGCUUGCACAGGUUCUGCUUCCGCUGCGUGCAAGAGUGGUCCAAGAACAAAGCAGAAUGCCCGCUCUGCAAGCAACCCUUCUUCUCCAUUUUCCACACAAUUCGUGCUGAAGAUGACUUCAAGGAGUACAUCCUCAGCCCUUUAGAAACAAGCUCUUUUGCCAGCCCCGACGGCCGGAGGUUUCGUUACCGCACCACCUUGACGAGGGAACGCCGCGCGCGCGGUUCCCCUUCCCGAAGGAUGCCGUCCCCUCCGGAUAACGGGAUGUUGUUUGAAGGGCUGUCGAGCGAGCCGGCGCGACACAGGCACAGGGAGAUUCAGCAGAUGCUCAGGAGGCUGGCCUCAAGGAGGAAGGCCAGCGCGGAGGGCAGAUCUCUGAGGCAGAUCCAGGAGGAGGACAUGAUCACCUUCCGCAGGGCUCUGUACCGCACUGGCGUGCGCAUCCGCAGCAUCCAGGACGGCGGCCGAUACCGAGAGAUUUCGGCCGAGUUCUUCCGCCGCAACCCUGCUUGCCUUCACCGCCUGGUUCCUUGGCUGAAGCGAGAGCUUACGGUCCUGUUUGGUGCCCACGGGUCUCUGAUCAACAUUGUGCAGCACAUCAUCAUGAGCAACGUAACCAGGUACGAUCUGGAAAGCCAGGCCUUUGCUGACGACCUGAAGCCAUUUCUGCUGAAUCGGACAGAGCACUUCCUGCACGAAUUCAUCAGUUUUGCUCGUUGUCCUUUUAACUUAGAAGCAUACGAUCAACACGCCAAUUAUGACUGUCCUGCCCCGUCGUAUGAGGAAGGAAGCCACUCAGACUCAUCAAUUAUUACAAUAUCUCCCGAUGUGGCGUACCCGCAAGGGCCGGAUAAUAGUUUGUCUGUUCCUGGCCUUGGUCAGGCCCCGUGGGAUGAUGAAACUCCGGGGCCUUCCUAUUCCGUUUCAGAAGAGGUUCGUGCAACCAUAGCUUCUCCUCUGGAGUCAUCAGAAAGUUCUGACGAGGACUCUGCUUCAGGGAGCCGAAGAACCAAGCUGCAGACUGAGUUACAGGCCAAUGCUGACUCAAACGACAGUGGCUCUUCCUCAGACAAUUGUGUCAUUGUUGGGUACGUUAAGCCGCUGGCUGAGAGGACCCCAGAAGUGGUCGAGCUGUCCUCUGACUCUGAGGAGUCCAUCAAGGAAGAGAAAAGGGAAGAGGUCAAGAAACAGCGACCAGUUCAGUGUCACAGCUGGAGUGACAGUGAACCAAGCAGGAGCUUCUCACCACAUUCCCCAACAUACAGGGAGGAUGUAGGACGUUGCAGAAGGUAG